CCCGGCGUUAAGAGGGUCCGCGCGACGCUUUGGGCCGCCAGGGGUCGCGGCGCCCUCCCUCUUACCCCUUUCGCUGUCGCGAGAGAAGGCGCGAGGCCUGCCGGGACUGUGCGCGGCCAGCCCUAGACGUGCCCAAAAUGGCAGCCCUGGAAGAUGAGUUCACGUUGUCUGCCUUAGCCCUGGGCACGGGGCCUGACGGACUCCUAGGCGUGGAACCGAGCGACAAAACAGACCAUUUCCUGGUGACGGACAGAAGCCGGACUGUCGUCCUCUAUAAGGUUUCUGAUCAGAAACCCUUGGGGAGCUGGUCAGUGAAACAAGGUCAAAUUAUAACAUGUCCAGCUGUGUGCAACUUUCAAACUGGAGAGCAUAUUGUUGUACAUGAUAAUAAGGUUUUGAGAAUAUGGAACAAUGAAGAUGUAAACUUAGAUAAAGUAUUUAAAGCUACGUUAUCAGCUGAGGUACAUAAGAUACACUCAAUACAAGGAACAGAACCCUUGGUGCUCUUCAGGGGAGGUGCUGUUCGUGGUUUAGAGGCCUUGCUUGCAGAGCCCCAGCAGAAAAUUGAAACAGUUAUUUCUGAUGGAGAAGUGAUUAAGUGGACAAAGUUUUUCAUGGUAUUUAGACAUCCUGCCUUAGUUUUUAUUACUGAAAAAGAUGGAAAUCAUUUUGCUUAUGUACAAAUGUUCAACUCACAAAAUUUAAGCAAAUACAGUCUCUUCCUUGGACAAGAAGAAAAAUCUGUCACAUUGAAUUUUACUGCUUAUGUGGAUCGGAAAUUUAUUUCUCUGAUGUCAUUAAGCUCUGAUGGGUGUGUAUAUGAAACCUUGAUACCGAUAUAUCCAAGUGACACAGAAAAAAAUCAGAGAUUAGUUAGAUCACUGUUGCUGAAGGCUGCUGUGUCUGGUAUUACUCGAAAUAGUGUUACACUCACCGCCCUGGAUCAAGAUCAUAUAGCAGUCUUAGGACCUCCACUAUCAUCUGCUAAGGAAUGCCUCUCCAUAUGGAACAUAAAAUUUCAAACACUACAGACUUCAAAAGAGUUACCACAAGGGACUAGUGGUCAACUGUGGUUUUAUGGGGAAAAUCUGUUUAUGCUACACGGAAAAUGUCUAACUGUGGUUCCAUACAAGUGUGGCGUGUCAUCAUUAGCCGGUGCUCUUGGAAAACUCAAGCAUACGCAAGAUCCAGGCACUCAGAAGCCCCACUUUGUAAACUGGGAAAUGUCUCAGGGAUGUGGACUUGGAUCCCCAAACUCAGAGCAGUCCAGAAUUUUAAGGAGAAAAAAAACUGAAGCUAGUUUACAGCCAGAAGUUCCAGCAUCUGAACAACUUUUAUCAACAGUAAAGAAUGGUUCAGAAAAAUACAUUGAAGUAGAACUGCGUAAAUUUUUGGCUAAGUGGACACCUGACUUUCAUACAAUUGGGGACAUAAUAACAGGACUCCUGGGCAGAUGUAAAGCAGAGCCAUCAUUUUAUCCCCGGAACUGUCUGAUGCAGCUUAUCCAGACUCACGUGCUUUCCUACAGCUUGUGCCCUGGCUUAAUGGACACUGCCUUAGAAAGAAAAGAUGUACAGAUGCUACAGCUCUGUCUGCAGCAGUUCCCUGACAUCCCUGAGACUGUCACAUGCGCUUGCUUAAAAAUGUUCUUGAGCAUUGGUGAUGACAGUCUUCAAGGAAUGAGUAUCAAUGUGGAGUCAGUGUUUUAUUAUAGUAAUACUGAACAAGAUGAGAAGAUGAAAGAGCAACCUGAAAUUCUUCAAAAUGGCUUCAAUCCUGAAGAGAAUAAUUGCAGCAACUGUAAGCAGGACUUAAAUGAAAAGCCUCAGGAUUCAACCGAAGAGACUGCCUUGUGCCCUGUGAUACCCAAGAGAGCAGCUCUACUAAAUGGCAUUCUUCAUUCAGCAUACAGUGAGACAUUUCUUCUGCCUCACUUGAAGGAUAUCCCUGCACAGGAUAUCACUCUGUUUCUCCAGUAUCUGUACUUCCUUUACCUGAAGUGCAGUGAGAAUGCUGCUAUGACUCUUCCUGGAAUACGCCCUCCAACCCUGAGCCAGAUUAUGGAUUGGAUAUGUCUAAUUCUAGAUGCUAAUUUUACUGUUGUCUUAAUGAUACCAGAAGCAAAAAGGCUACUGAUAAACCUUUACAAGUUUGUAAAAUCCCAGAUAAGUGUUUAUUCUGAGCUCAACAAGAUUGAAGUAAGUUUUCGGGAGCUACAGAAAUUAAAUCAAGAAAAGAACAAUAGAGGAUUAUAUUCAAUUGAAGUGCUGGAACUCUUCUGACAUUACCAGUAUUUUCUUCAUCGACAUUUUAUGAAGCUUUUAUGUAAAUCUUUGGCCUCAUCCAGGCAAGGAAGGUUUUGUCUGUGACCAUCUCCCAGUGUCAAGAGGAAAGUGUCAGUGAGUACCUGGAUCGUCAUGUGUUGAUGUUCCUGAGGCUUCCUGAACCUGUUCUAGACCAUGGACAUUGUGGAGGGCAGGUUAUGAACUUUUAAAUAUGGGACUGAGCUGACUUUAAGUAAACUUAUUGAUAAAAGUCUAAUUUCUUAUCAUGUGUUUUGAAUAGUUUCAAAAUCACUGUUGAAAUACAAGAAUAUAGUUCCGUCAGUGUGCAGCUGCCCCAGCACCAGCUUGUGCUUGAGACAGAAGUCAGUGCUGAGGGCCAGGGAUUUAGCUCAGUGUCACUGCACCUGCUUUACCAGCACAAGGUCCUGCGUUCUGUCCCCGGUACCAAAAAAGCAGAAGUGCCACAGCAGGACAGAAGGACCCUACCUCACACAGGCGUGUGCCGCCUCCUGCGAUCUUCCUGUCCUUUACCUACCUCCACUCACCUUCCAGACCUAAGGGUUAAAAAAUAGCUUCUGCUUUGUUCUUAGAUUAGCACCAUGAGUAACUGACAAUGAUACCAGCCAGUAUAGGUUAUAAAAAUGUAUUAUUAUAAAAAUUCUGAAAAUAGUUUUAUAGAUUGAUUGGCAGUGGAAUUUCUAGUUUAACUGUUUGGAUUUAGGACAGAAGGAAACUUCAAGUAUGAUUCUAGAGCACGGAUUUACAGGCUUCAUUUUAAGUCAUGUACUUAAUGUAACCAACAGGUUCUCCUCAGUUGUUUUGUGUUUUUGUUUUAUUUCCAGUACAGGGGAUUAAACCCAGGGCCUUUGCA